GCGGCUCCUCUCUCUCUCUCUCUCUCUCACUCUCUCUCUCUCUCUCUCUCUCUUUUAUUUUUUCUUUGUUUUUUCUUUUAUUUUUGUGUUUUAGAUUAUUGGGUUCGAAAGUCGUAGAAAAUGUUGGUUCUCUUUGAAACCCCUGCAGGGUUCGCCCUGUUCAAAGUUUUAGACGAAGGAAAGCUCUCCAAAGUUGAGGAUUUAUGGAAGGAGUUCUCGACAUCAGAAUCAGCUAGACAGGUGGUCAAAUUGAAAGCAUUCAGUAAAUUUGAGAACACGUCGGAAGCUUUAGCUGCCUCCACCUUGCUUAUUGAUAGCAAGCCAAGUAAAGAUCUUCGUAAAUUUUUACGCAGUCACUGUGAUGGCGAGACACUGGCUGUUGCUGAUUCUAAACUUGGGAAUGCUAUAAAAGAGAAACUGAAAAUAGAUUGUCUUCACAACAAUGCUGUUAUGGAGCUGAUGAGAGGAGUGAGAAGCCAGCUCACUGAGCUUAUAUCUGGCCUCGGUGUGCAAGAUCUUGCUCCGAUGAGCUUGGGUUUAUCGCACAGUCUGUCUCGGUUUAAGCUAAAAUUUAGUCCAGAUAAGGUAGAUACCAUGAUUAUUCAAGCUAUUGGCUUGUUGGAUGAUCUUGAUAAAGAGCUUAACACUUAUGCCAUGAGAGUCCGUGAAUGGUAUGGUUGGCAUUUCCCUGAGCUUGCCAAAAUCGUACAGGACAAUAUUCAAUAUGCGAAGGUGGUGAAGCUCAUGGGCAAUCGUGUGAAUGCAGCACAUCUCGAUUUCUCUGAGGUUUUGUCAGAAGAGGCUGAAGCAGAACUGAAAGAAGCUGCUGUUAUUUCCAUGGGAACUGAAGUCAAUGAUCUAGAUUUGUUGAACAUUAAAGAACUAUGUGACCAAGUUCUAGCUCUUUCAGAGUAUCGGGCUCAGUUGUAUGAUUAUUUGAAGAGCAGAAUGAACACUAUUGCACCAAAUUUGACUGCCCUUGUUGGAGAGCUUGUUGGGGCACGGCUUAUUGCUCAUGGUGGUAGUUUGUUGAAUUUAGCAAAACAACCUGGGAGCACAGUUCAGAUACUUGGUGCCGAAAAGGCCCUUUUUAGAGCUCUCAAGACAAAGCAUGCAACACCAAAAUAUGGGCUCAUCUUCCAUGCAUCCUUAGUUGGUCAAGCAGCCCCUAAAAUGAAGGGAAAAAUUUCUCGAUCUCUUGCAGCAAAGACUGCGCUAGCCAUCCGAUACGAUGCUCUUGGCGAUGGCCAAGACAACUCUAUGGGUCUUGAGAAUCGAGCCAAGCUUGAAGCUCGUUUGAGGGUUCUUGAGGGUAGAGAAUUAAGCAAGUCUGCUGGAUCUGUGAAAGGAAAGCCUAAGAUUGAAGUGUAUGACAAAGAUAGAAAGAAGGGUGCCGGUGCUUUGAUUACUGCUGCAAAGAGUUACAAUCCUUCAUCUGAUUUAGUAUUGGGAAGGGCUACAGAGCAAGAUAUCGAGAUGCUGACUAAUGGACAAGAAUCAGUAGCUUCGAAAAAGAGGAAGCACGAGGAAGAAGAGGCUACUGAGGCUCAAGAGAGGGUCGAUGAAGAUGGAGAGAAGAAGAAGAAGAAGAAGAAGAAGAAGAAGACUGAGGUAGAGAAUGGCAAUGCGCAAGAUGAUGAUCAAGUUGCCGAAGCUAAAGAAGUGAAGGAAGAGGAGAGGGAAAAGAAGAAGAAGAAAAAGAAGGCAGAAGCUGAAGAGGCAGAACAAGUUGAAGAGCCAAGCAAGGAAAAGAAGAAGAAGAAAAAGAAGGCAGAAGCUGAAGAGGCAGAACAAAUUGAAGAGCCAAGCAAGAAAGACGAGAAGAAGAAGAAACAUGCAGAAGAAGAAGAAGCUCAAGCUGGAACAGAGAGCAAGAAGAAGGACAAGAAAAAGAAGAGAAGUGAAUGAUGAUGGUAAUGUAAGGGAAGAAGCGGUUGUUGUGUUAUUUGCGUGCGUGAGCAAGCCAAAAUGUGUUGCUGAUGCAGUUUUUGGAUUAGAUGAUUUAGGAUUUUAAAACAGCGAGAGGUCUGUACAAUAUAUUAUAUAUUUAUGCUUUUCUUGUUUGAAUGCUUUGAGUUGGUGCUCGUUCAAGCUUA